AUGGCUACUCCUCUGGUUUCUACGCCAGUAAAGACCCACCAUGGGAUCUUCUCAACCAAGAUGGCGGGCGGCCGCAUACCCCUCACACCCUCUCCCCGCGGACGACGGGACAGCGUCGCCUCCAACAACUCCUCCCCCUUCACGCCUCCUCGUCACGACUCCGAAACAACCAAAGAACAUGCCCGCUCUGUCUAUGGCGGAAACCUUUCUUCGUAUUUUGCCAAAUCCGUCUCCCGAACCUCCCGUGCCUACCGAGAGUCUCCCAAGUCCAACAUUGCCCGUAUCCGCAAAUCUCCCAGGCACCUUGAGCUGGGCGCUUCAGACUGGUCUUUGACCGGAACCGGUCCCUCAUCUACUCAGUCACCAUCGAAGGAACGGUUACGAAAGGAGGUUCCCAGCCGCGCACGGGCUGGCAAAACGACUGUCAGAAUCGCCCACAACGCCGGAGAUCGCUUUAUCCCCAACCGAUCUGCAAGUGAAGGACUAGUUACGUCUGGAGCUGCCAAGCCCGAAGAAAGCCAACGGCCCAAGACGAGCGGUGGUGGUGAUGGGUCAAGUGUGCUGGCCAGUGCGGCCAGCGCCUUUGAUAUCGGUGGCCGUGGAACCGACGAAGACCUUACAGCAGCUUUGGAGAAUCUCGGUUUGGACGACGAUGAAAGCUCGACAUCAUCAUACACAAAGCCGGCACCGGACGCCGUGGCAUACGAGUCGUCUUUGGCCAAUGCUUGCGGUGUGAACCUAAACACCCGCAUCCUCGCCUUCAAGCCGCCACCUCCAGAGUCUUCAAAGCCGAUUGAUCUUCGUGCUCAGUAUAACCGUCCUCUUAGGAACGCCAAAUCUCAGUCCGCUCAAUUCCGUCGCCGCGUCCAGACCGCGCCAGAGCGUGUGCUAGAUGCUCCUGGUCUUCUCGAUGACUACUACCUCAACCUCCUUGAUUGGAGUUCUGGUAACCAGGUCGCCAUUGGCCUGGAACGUAAUGUAUAUGUUUGGUCUGCCGAUUCGGGGACCGUUAGCUGCCUGUUAGAGACAUCUCCUGACACCUAUAUCAGUAGUGUCAAAUGGAGUGGUGACGGUGCUUAUGUUGGCGUUGGCCUGGGCACCGGCGAGGUGCAGAUCUGGGAUGUGGAAGAGGGAACCAAGCUUCGCAGCAUGUAUGGACAUGAAUCGCGUGUUGGUGUGAUGGGCUGGUCCAAGCACACUUUGUCAACUGGCGCCCGUAGCGGCCUGGUUUUCAACCACGAUGUCCGCAUUGCUCAACACAAGGUGGCCGAGCUGGUCUCCCACACCUCCGAAGUCUGCGGCCUUGAAUGGCGAUCCGAUGGCGCUCAGCUUGCCACUGGUGGUAACGACAACCUGGUCAACAUUUGGGAUGCCCGCUCCCUGAGUGCUCCAAAGUUCACCAAGACCAAUCACCGCGCCGCCGUUAAGGCCCUGAGCUGGUGCCCCUGGCAACUCAACCUCCUCGCCACUGGUGGUGGCUCGUACGAUCGUCACAUCCACUUCUGGAACACCACGACCGGUGCCCGCACAAACAGCAUCGACACAGGAUCCCAAGUCACCAGCCUCCGAUGGAGCAACCACUACCGCGAAAUCGUCAGCUCGAGCGGUUUCCCUGACAACUCUCUAAGCAUCUGGAGCUACCCGACCCUUGUCCGCAACGUUGAGAUCCCAGCUCACGAGACUCGUGUUCUUCACAGCUGUUUAAGCCCCGAUGGCCAGCUUCUAGCCACCGCCGCCGCUGACGAAAGCUUGAAGUUUUGGAAGAUCUUUGAGCGCAAGCCCGGCACCAGUGCCUCUGCCUCGCGCGAGGGCGGCGUUGGAAGCAAGGCGCAAAUGACCAAGUCGAUGACUAUUCGGUAA